ACGCAAACACGCUUCUAUUCAACUUCGCUUGUCUUAUUUAUACAAACAGAGUCUUCGGUUUUCAUUUCAGUGUAGCUUAAGCUUCGAAGAUAACUCAAUAGACGAAUAAAUCAGAUAUUUCUGGGAUUUCAGCUUCUGGAUUUUGGUGAAAGAAUCUGAAAAAAGGAUGUCGCUUUUAUCGAAAUUACGGUGUAUCACAGUAGAUGUUACCGGUACACUCAUAGCUUACAAAGGAGAGCUUGGUGAUUACUAUUGUAUGGCUGCUAAAGCAAUUGGCUUGCCUUGUCCCGAUUACAAACGAGUCCAUGAAGGUUUUAAACUAGCUUACACAGAUAUGGCACAAAAGUAUCCUUGCUUCGGUUUCUCCGCUAAAAUGCCAAACAUUGUUUGGUGGAAAACCUGCGUGAGAGAUUCAUUUGUGAAGGCAGGAUAUGAGUAUGAUGAGGAGACAUUUGAGAAAGUAUUUAGGAGAAUCUAUUCAACGUUUGGUUCUGCUGCACCUUACUCUGUGUUUCAAGACUCUCGACCGUUUCUGAGAUGGGCACGCAAUAAAGGGCUUAUAGUUGGACUUGUUAGCAACGCGGAAUACAGAUAUCAAGAAGUUAUAUUACCUGCCUUAGGUUUGAACAAGGAAGAGUGGGAUUUUGGCGUGUUCUCUGGCAUUGAAGGUGUAGAGAAACCAGAUCCGAGGAUUUAUAGGAUUGCGCUAGAGAGAGCAGGGAAUAUUCCGCCUGAAGAGGUUUUGCAUAUUGGAGACAGCAUGCGUAAAGAUUAUGUUCCGGCAAAGAGUAUUGGGAUGCAUGCUUUGUUGCUUGAUAGGUUUCAGACAGAAGCUGCUAAAGACUGGAGAGAAGCUGGAGCUAUUGUGCUUCCUGAUUUGGUGGCUGUUCAAGAACUUUUGGAGUCUGAUAAGUUGAAAUUUUAACAAAAGAGAGCUCUUUGAAGUAUGAAUCUGAUGAUAUAUUGUAGUUUUGCACAUUUGGGCUCUUUCUUCCUCUUGUUUUGAGUUAAAAAAAAAGGUUUCAAUUGCUUCUUCA